AUGGGAGUGUCCUGUGGAGUCGGGGUUAUAAAUGUGAGAAGGAACAAUUGAACAAUUGAACAAUUGACCAUAAUCUGCAUCGAUCAGUCAAGUUCUCCAAACAGUGCCGGUCUCAAUAACGUAUAAGCCGACAAGAACCAACAUCAACAUGAGUUUCGGAAAUGUUCGCAACAUCGGUACCACCGGUGCCUCAUCCGAGACAGCAAAUGCUGAUCGUCAAACAGCUGGGCCAGGCGGAUCCCGUAAUAUGGCAAAUCAUGACUUGUCCGAAGUGAACAAGCACAAGGACAACAUUAAGAGUGUGGGGAGACAGACUGGAAUGGACGCGGCAGUCAUCGCUGGCAUCAUCUCACGAGAGUCCAGGGGGGGAACAGGUCUGGAUAGCAAUGGCUGGGGGGACCAUGGCAACGCCUUUGGGCUUAUGCAGAUUGACAAGCGCUGGCACAGUCCUCAAGGGGGUCCAUUCAGUGAGCAGCAUAUCCGUCAGGCCACUGAUAUUUUGAAAGGCUGCUAUGGUGAAAUCAAGAAUAAAUUUCCCAGCUGGAACGAGGACCAAUGUCUGAAAGGGGCUUUGGCAGCCUACAAUAUGGGAGCGAGCAGAGUGCACUCCUAUGAAUCAGUGGAUGCUAAUACCACUGGGGGAGACUACAGCAAUGACGUUGUCGCCAGGGCUCAGUUCUUCAAGGACAAUGGUUACUGAGUGUCUUUCAUAAACAAUCACAAAGCCUUCCGCCAAUAAAUUGCUUCUGACUCUGUAACCCUGUCCAAAUUAUUUGAAUAAUUCUGUCUCGCAA